CCGUUUUUUUUUUUUUUUUUUUUUUUAGGUGAAGUUCAACGGCAGGCAAAAUGUCGUCUUGGGUGAAAUCACCUGCGGGUGUUCGGCGACCAUCAGUGAACCCAAACGGAAGUGCUCCACAGCCGCGUGUGUUUCGGAGAGCAGCUCCAUACCCAGCUAGAGAGGAGAGGACCGAAGAGCUCAAGGAUGCCCUGGACAGUUAUGAAGAACUAGAACAAAUGCAAAACUACAGUGGAAGUGUGAAGUAUGAGGGGUACAAGCAUCAGCCAAUGGUUCCAGCUAAACCAGAGGGCGUGACUCCAGCAGACCGACGUAAAACGCUCUAUCAGAGGUUCUACAAACAGGUGCAGGAAGAGAGGAAACCAGCCGACUGCGUGGUCCUCUCUGUUACCAAACAGUGCCUGGAUUACCCCAAAUCGCUAAGCCAGUGUUUGCAGGAGCGUGGCCUGUCAGUGGAAAUGCUCUACCUUCAAGCGGAAUCGGGCCUGACCCGGGCCCUGCAGGAUGUCCGAGCAGAUGGCUCCCCCUUAUGUAUUCUGGUGGAGCAGACAAACGUAGCUCUGUCCUCCUGCACUGUUAUCAUAUUCUCAGAAUCCCUCAAAAUCCAUCGAAACAUGCCCAAAGACCAGGCCAUGGAUUUUGCUCAAGCAGAGUACAACCGCGGACUCACUAAAGAGCGGCCACCAAGGGACCCUGCAGACAUCGCAGCGGAGGCGUCACAGCUGCUCGAUGACUUUCUGGAUCGAGAAAAGAUUGCGCGCCACACGGUUCCCUCUGAAACACGCCAGCUUCUCAUGCUGUUAGCUGAGGGGGUGCAUCUGUACCCUGAGGAGUUGGAAACCAUCUCAGAGUACGUGCGUUCCCGGCAGGACCACAUACAAGCCUCUAACAGUGAGGGUGAGAAGGGGAUCAUGCUACCUCCAGGAUUGGGGAAACCACCUCCUCUGCUCCCCACUCCAACUGGGCCCCCACAGCCUCAGCCUACAUCUUUAGCAGGCGGGCCCAUGGGAGACCACUCUGCGUCUUCACCUGUACCUCUUUUGCCUUCACCAGUUGCUCAUCCCAAAUCCAAACCUCCUCCGCUGCUCUCCUUGCAUCGGCUUCCUGGCCCAUCAAUAGGGGCCCCACUUGUCCGAGGUCCCCUGUCCACACACAUCCCUUAUGGUGGUCCCAGUGUGCCUCGUGGGCCCCUACUCCACACCCCUCCUGCGUUUCACGCAGGAACCAGGGGGCCCCUUGGGGCUAGAGCAGCCCCUCCCACUUUAAAGAGUUCUCGCCCUCCACUUCUGUCAUCUCCAGGUGCUCCUCUUCUUCGUCAGAGUGUCCCCCGGCAUUAAGAAACAAUAGACACACACACACAUACAUUCACACACACUGUAAAAUAUGCAGGUUAUAAACAGUGCUUCAGUUGAUGUUUGAGCAGAAGAUUACAGACUUUGUCGCUGCUCACCUUUUUUUUUUUUUUAAAGUGUUGAUCCAAAUUUAGCUAGAAGAUAAAAAUGGAGGUAGUGAAUAUUCUGUCAUCAUCUCACUGUGGGUGGUUUGAGUGUAUGACCUUCUGAUUGAUAAUUUUAAGUUUUUUGGUUUUGCUUUUUUAAAGCAUCCCUCUGGCAUCAGUGCCUUUUUAAUUUAGUUUUUUUUUUUUUUUGUGCAUCCAGUUUGUCUCUUAAGAGUCUGUUAACUGUUUGGUGACGGCUCUAAGCUGCACAGGUUAAACAUCCAUCGGGUCACUUGUUGGGCUGAUUGCACAAAAAUAUAGCCAUGCAGUAACCAAUACCUGGUCACAUGACUGCAAUAGGACUUCUUAUUUUUCUGUAUAUAAACGUAAGUAGCCUAGCUUCUUUGUACAGUUUUUCAACAUGGUGCUUAACAUUUCUCUGGAGGAAAGAUAUUAAAUAUUAAGUUUAUAAAGAUUUGUUUUUCAGAGCUGUAGCCCGGGUUCAAAUUAACUUUUUAUUCACAUCUAAUUUUAUUUCUGCCACAAGUAAGAGUAAUCAGUCUGAACAACUCUGUAUGAUGCAUGCAAAACCUUCAUGGAUUAAGUUUUAUAUUAAAAAAAAUAAAAAUCCUUAAAUUGCAUUUUAUGCACUGUGUAAAGUUAAAUAACUGUCAUAUACAGUUCAUGUCAGCAAAAGCAUUGUUUUGUUACCCAGAGUUCAACAUCACAAGAGGAAGCUUGAAAUGUCUCCCAGUAUAAAUAAAAGGGUUAUGAAUCUUUUGAUUAUAGAUUCAUAUCCAUAUUGCAUAUUGGAUUUUCUUGAGGUCUGGUGUGAAUACAGAAUAUAUAAGAAGGCUCCACAUCAAAAUGUUGGUUAGGCUCAGUAUUUUUCAGCCUUUAUGAUAAACAUCUGUUUAAAAUAUCUCUAAUGCAGAGAAAGCACACAGGUUUGAUACUUUAGAACAAGCUUUUUUUUUUUUUUUUGGUCAUCGCUAGAAUUUCUAUCACGCUGUUGUUAAUGUUAAUUUGCAGUACUGUGACAUUUAUUAAGUUUGGGAUGAUUUUUGUAUUUUAUUGGUGCCAGGGAAGCCUGACCCCUCAAAACGAUCAUUCAUAAAGUGUUUUUUUUUUUCUCCUGUUUUGUAGAUAAUGUAAAAAAUCCUACAGUUUUUUUUGUUUUUCUUUAUUAUGUUGUAAAUAUUGAACCACUGUAUGCUUUGAAUGAAUUUGAUGUGCAUAGUGUGUUGAUGUUGAACAAGUAUGAAGCUGGAGUCCUGAUUAUAUUUUCAAAGGAAACAUAAAUGUUUAAAAUUUUUCUUUGGGUUUCGAGUAUUGAUUAUUAAGAAUUGCCAGUAAUUAACAAGUUCACACAACUGAUGUAUCAUUUUGCAGCUCUGAUUAGCACUGACCCAUACUUUACCAUCAAAGUACAAAUCUGUGCAGUUUGAUCAAAAUAUUUAAAUGAAUUAAAAAAUAAAACUGAA